AUGGCAUCUCCCAAGCAGGUCUUCAUCGCCAUCAUCGGCGCCGGUGGAGUGGGAAAGUGCUUCCUCUCCCAGCUCGAGACCUUGGCCGCCCGCCGACCCUCCCCGAAGCUGAACCUGGUGUACAUCUCCUCUAGCAAGAAGGCCGUCUACGACGCCAGCUACGCCGCCAUCCCCAUCGCCGGCGCCGUCGAGAAGCUGUCCGCGGCCUCGCAGGCCCCGCCGGCCCUGCCCCAGCUCGCCGAGUACCUCGCCGCCGCCCCCGCCAAGGUCGUCCUGGUGGACAACACCAGCUCCCAGGACGUGGCCGACGCCUACCCCGUCUUCCUGGGCCGCGGCAUCAGCGUCGUGACGCCCAACAAGAAGGCCUUCUCGGGCUCCUACAAGCUGUGGCAAGACAUCUUCUCCGCGGCGUCGACGUCCGGCGCCAAGGUCUACCACGAGUCGUCCGUCGGCGCGGGCCUGCCCGUCAUCUCCACGCUCAAGGACCUCGUCGAGACGGGCGACCGCGUGACCAAGAUCGAGGGCGUCUUCAGCGGCACCAUGUCCUUCCUCUUCAACUCAUUCGCGCCCGUCUCCGGUUCCGGGGGCAAGUGGUCAGCCGAGGUGGCCAAGGCCAAGGAGCUGGGCUACACGGAGCCCGACCCGAGAGACGACCUGAACGGCCUGGACGUCGCUCGCAAGCUCACCAUCCUGGCUAGGUUGGCCGGUCUGCCUGUGGAGUCCCCGACUUCGUUCCCCGUCCAGAGCCUGAUCCCCAAGGAGCUCGAGUCCUGCUCCAGCGGCGACGAGUUCUUGCAGAAGCUCCCCGAGUUUGACAGCCAGAUGGAGGAGACCAAGGCCGCGGCGGAGAAGCAGGGCAAGGUUGUGCGCUUUGUCGGCAGCAUCGACGUUGGUUCCAAGCAGGUCAAGGUCGGCCUGGAGCAGUUCGAUGCGUCUCACCCCAUCGCGGCUCUCAAGGGCAGCGACAACAUCAUCAGCUUCUACACGGAGCGUUACGGAAGCAACCCGCUCAUCAUCCAGGGCGCCGGUGCCGGCGGCGAUGUGACGGCUAUGGGUGUGACUGGUGACUUGAUCAAGAUCCUGGGUCAGAUUGCGUAA